AUGUACAGGGAUGGUCAUGAAAACGUGCCACCCGAUGACCAUGCAGACCAUGCGAAUAGUAGAACUUCGCCGACAGCAGCGGUGGGAUCACAAUCCCCUAUACUAGGCGGGCGCCGCCGAUCGCUUGUUCAACUUGAGCCUACUUUUACCAUGGACCAAGUGAUGAGCCUGGUAACAACAGUCUCCAAGCAAGCCGCAGCAAGUGCUGUUAAUGCGGCAGUGUCCGCCACCGCCGCUAAUCCACAACAGCCGGCGCUACCCCGUGAACGAGGAAAUUUUUACCUACCUCCGUUCGACCCGGAUGUACGAUCUCAUGAUAUUCGAGAUUGGUGCGCUAAUGUCGAUGAAACCAUUUCCGUUUUCGCUAUAUCACCUAAAGAAGCACGGAUGAAAGCCAUACUUCAGUUAAAAGGAAGAGCAAAAGUGUGGGCCGACACGUGGUCUCUACAUUCAACUACUUGGGACCAGGUGAAGGAAGAUCUAAUCAAGACCUUCUCGAAGGAGUUCCGGUAUGCUGAUGAUGUACAGAAAUGGCGCAACUACACGUCGGACCAGGCAUCGAGCUACGCCGAAUACGCCAUUACAGCUUGGACAUUAUUCAAGCGCGUGCGGCCGGAAGCUAAUGAUGCCGAUGCUGUGGAUGCGGUUAUCACAGGUAUUUAUCCUGAACAUAUUAGAUCUGAAUUGUUACGAAAUACGCCUGACUCUUUGCCUAAACUAGUACCUGUUUUGAAGACAUACCGUAAACGUAAAUUCGAUACAUUAGAAAAAACAAACAAAAAUAACAAUUCUCAGAAAGCUCGCGCCACUGAAGAUGAAGUAGAUCCCAGGAUGGGUGAUGCCAGGGUCAGCGCAGGGAGCGCGCUGGAGCAGAAUGGCCGUGUGGGCGGCAAUCCUUGA